UUGAUACUGAGAGUCGGAUUCCCCAAUUCCUAGAUAUAAAGAAAGUAAAGAUCCAUGCUUUUCAGAGUUUCGAAAUGUAAACUUUUUACAGAACUGAAAUUUGCCUGACGCAGUAGUACCAGAACUUACCAAUUUCCAUUCGAAGAGGGGAGAAAGGCACACAAAGAUAUCAUCUUUAGCAGUAAUUAUCCAUGUUCAUUCGAGUAAACUGAGGUCUUGGUCCCUCAACAAUGGGUUUUCCCUCAACUAUGGCAUUUCUCUCAGCCAUGGCCUUUCCCUCUCCACCCUACAUAUCGACUCGACUUUCGGCAUAAGGAUGCAUACAAGACAAGCACAUCAAAGAACUUCACCGUAUACGACUCUGAGCAAUACCCAUUCCUGCUUCUUCAUCUUCGUUACAACCAUCAAAUCUGCCGCCAAUUUUGACAGGACCCAUGAUUCAGAAAGCCAUAAAAAGCAUGUAUCUUUAUCUGAAUUGAGCUCACAUGUCCAAUAUACAGAGUCUAUCAGUGGUGAAAUUCCAGUCCCAUUUCCCCAGCUAGGAUAAGCUAGACCUAUGAGACCUUUACCAGGAAUUACCAACAUUUGCUACAAAUUUAUCAGUAAAUGGAUUAAAAAAAAGCGAUAAUCGACCAAACCCAAAUGAACAUACGUAUGAAUGUGGCUAAAGAACACUCCUUCACUAGGUGUAUGCAGAGUUUCUAUAACCUUUCGAUUGAAGCAACAAAAGCAGACCUGGAAAUCAAUAAGAUUCGUGGGUUUGUGAUUCUUCUGGAGGAGGCGUGUGAGAUUCCUGUUGUUGUUUCUGUCGCUCUUCUUCUUGCGCUUUAAGGAGGAAAGGUUUGAAGCCGAUCUCCAUUGUCAAGUACCCAAAAGCUGAAGCCCCCAUCACCACCAGCCCUGAUCGAAUCGCGUUCAGCUUCGUCUGUUGCUUCAUCUUUGUUUCCAGCCUUCCCCUUCCCUUCCCUGCUCCACCGCGCGCACCCUAAAAGUGAAAACCCCAACGAUAUGUUACUGGAGCAGAAAACAGUACUGGUAGUUCGAAGAAAUCGCCGCCUGGAAUUGACGGCGGUUCUCUGCUUCCGCGUUCCCUUCGUUCCUAGGCAGUCGCCGGGAUUUCCCACUCGUCGUCGACACCACUAACAACUCACGGCCGAGGGUUUGUCCAGCUUCAUGUUUGGGCCGAAGCAUUUUCUUAUUUCUGUUCAUGGCGUGAGCUCUUUUUCCUGCCCUAGGCCCAUGCAUAAGUCCAACCACCUCAGCCGAAACGGUGUAAGCCCAGUCUUGCUCCUCCGUGGCCGCCACCACAGCGGAACGAAGUGCUGAGUCAGCAGGGCGACGAGUGAAAUGCCCACCGGAAACUAAUCCAACGGCAGAUGCCCAAUUCCCCAUUUCAGCCUAGAACCCCACCGAACACACUGCCGAUGAAAUGCAAAAUCAGUCAUCGACUAACUUAGAUUCCCGGCCGCGAUUUUGACAGAUUUUUUUUGUAGAAAAAGGGAGGUUGCGCUUGUUUGGUGGAGUUUGGUGAUGUUAGUUAACCAUGGAAUGAAUCAGUUAACCUCGUUGAGCAUCGCCCGGAGUUACUCGUUCGCUCCAUCAACUGCUGCUGUUCUGAGAAGGCAGAGUUUCUUGAUUAGGGCACUGGGAGGAGGUAGUCAUAGUAAAUUUCAUAGUACUGCUGGCAGUACAAUGCAAGAGACUGAGGCUGAUGCUGUGAGUAUUUUGAGAGGAAUCACUCCUACUUUGGACCCAAAUCGACAUAAAGGCCAGGCGGGGAAAAUAGCUGUGAUUGGAGGGUGCCGGGAGUACACUGGAGCUCCUUAUUUUGCUGCUAUUUCGGCCUUGAAAAUCGGUGCAGACCUGUCUCAUGUGUUCUGUACCAAAGAUGCUGCUCCUGUUAUCAAGAGCUAUAGUCCUGAGCUGAUUGUUCACCCGGUUUUAGAGGAGUCUUAUAGUGUAAGGGAGGAAGAGAGAAAGCAAGUAUCAGCAAAAGUUGUAGCUGAGGUCGAUAAAUGGAUGGAGAGAUUCGAUUGCCUUGUUGUUGGACCUGGUCUUGGAAGGGACCCAUUUCUUCUGGAUUGUGUCAGUGAGAUCAUGAAGCAGGCAAGGCAUUCGAAUGUUCCAAUCGUUGUAGAUGGGGAUGGACUCUUUCUUGUAACAAACAGUCUUGAUCUGGUUCAUGGUUAUCCUUUGGCUGUUCUAACCCCCAACGUUAAUGAAUACAAGAGACUGGUUCAGAAGGUUCUCAAAUGCGAGGUCGAUGAUGCUGAUGCACCUGGACAAUUAGCAUCUCUAGCUAAACAGAUUGGCGGUGUAACCAUCUUAAGGAAAGGAAGAUCUGACCUCAUCAGUGAUGGUGAUAUAGUGAACUCGGUGAGCAUCUAUGGGUCGCCUCGGCGAUGUGGAGGCCAGGGUGAUAUCCUCUCUGGGAGUGUCGCAGUAUUUCUAUCUUGGGCACGCCAACCAUUAGUAGCUGCUGACAGGAAUCCAACUGUUCUAGGAUGCAUUGCGGGGUCAGCUUUACUCAGGAAGGCUGCAUCUCUCGCUUUUGAGACCCGGAAAAGAUCGACUCUAACCACCGAUAUCAUCGACUGUCUGGGAAUAAGUUUGGAGGACAUCUGCCCAACCUAUUGA